AUGGGCGAGGAGCUCGCCCAGACGGCCACGGGGCAGCCCCUCGACCGGGUGCCCUCGCAGGCGCAGAAGCUGGGCAGGAAAAAGGUCAUGGUGAUCAUGACGGCGCUUUGCUUGGUGGUGUUCCUUGCGGCGCUUGAUAUGACCAUCGUCUCUACUGCCCUACCCACCAUGGCAUCGCAUUUCAACGCUACCGAGAGUGGUUAUUCGUGGAUGGCGUCGUCGUACCUCUUGGCCAACGCGGCUUGUAUUCCGCUCUGGGGGAAAGUGAGUGACAUCUGGGGUCGGAAGCCCGUCAUCCUUGCCGCCAACUUGAUCUUUCUCGUCGGCAGUUUGGUCUCCGGACUGGCGGAUAAUCUGGCGAUGAUCAUCUCCGGCCGAGCGGUCCAGGGGGUGGGCGGUGGUGGAAUCAUCAUCUUGGCCAAUAUUUGUGUGACGGAUCUGUUCAGCGUCAGGGAUCGCCCGCUGUAUUACGCCCUGUUCGGUGCGACGUGGGCCAUUGCCAGUGCGCUGGGGCCCAUCAUCGGCGGUGCUUUUACCACCGAUGUGACCUGGAGAUGGUGCUUCUACCUGAACUUACCCAUUGGAGGUUUCUCAUUUGUCGUUCUAUUUAUCCUGCUCAAGGUGGAAUCUGAAAAGGUGCCUCUCCUCGCCGGCCUGCGCAGCAUCGACUGGACCGGCACGCUGCUCAUCGUCGGCGGCACGCUGAUGUUCCUGUUCGGGCUCGAGUUCGGCGGCGUCAACUACCCGUGGGCCUCGGCCACGGUGAUCUGCCUGAUCGUGUUCGGCCUGGUGACGCUGGCCCUGGGCAUGGUCAACGAGUGGAAGUUCGCCAAGUACCCCGUGAUCCCGACCCGGCUGUUCACCAACUGGCACAACGUGCUGAUCCUCCUGGUCUGCUUCUGCCACGGGUUCGUCUUCAUCGCAGGCACCUACUACCUGCCGCUGUACUUCCAGACGGUGUUGCUGGCCUCCCCGAUCCUCAGCGGCGUGUACAUCCUCCCGCUGGUGCUCUUCCUGUCUCUGCUCUCCAUCGCGACGGGGAUCAUCAUCCGCAAGACAGGCCGCUACCGCGAGGUGAUCAUCUUCGGCAUGGCCUUCAUGACUCUGGGAUUCGGCCUCUUCAUCAUCCUCAAACCCUACGCCGCGUGGGCACGCAUCGUCCUCUUCCAGUUCAUCGCGGGCGCGGGCGUCGGCCCCAUCUUCCAGGCCCCGCUCGUCGCCUUCCAGGCCAACAUCCACCCCUCCGACAUGGCCACCGCAACCGCCACCUUCGGCUUCAUCCGCCAGCUGUCCGCCUCCAUGUCCGUCGUCCUGGGCACAGUCGUCUACCAGAACGUCUUGGGCCAGCGCAUGCCCGAGCUGGUCGCCGCCGUCGGCAAAGCCACCGCAGAGGAAUUCGUCGACUCCUUCGCCGGCUCCGAUAAGGAUCUCAUCGCCGCUCUCGCUCCUGCCGCCCGUCGCGUCGUCCUCGACGCCUUCACCUAUACCUUGUCCCGCAUGUGGAUCAUGUAUACCGUCGUCGCCGGCCUGGGCCUUCUUUUCUCCCUCCUCGUCUCCCCAGUCGAACUCAGCAGGAAGCACGUCACCCACAAGACGGGCCUCCAGCAGCAGGAGAUGGCCAGACAGGAGAUCCUUGCUGCGCAGCGCCAGGACCAACGCCAGGAUCCUUCCAAGCCAGAACUGGACGUUUAA